GAGAGAGAGAGAGAGAGAGAGAGAGAGAGAGAGAGAUCUAAAUUCCAGAACCAGAAAGGGCUUUAUGGUAAUUUUUAAAAUGAAGGAUGCCUUAAAUCUUUCCUUCUUCACAAAAUAAAUGAAGACAUGCUGGCUGGGCCUGUCUUGCCUUCUACUGUUCUGUGGCCUGCAGAUCUCAGAACGAGAACGGUUGCCAUCGCUGGAGUUUUUAUCUUAGCCUGCCUUGUAAGUGAUGUUGGAGGUGUGAUUUGCAAGUUCUGUAAUCUCUCCAUCCCAUUCCAUGGAUGUAUGCUCGACUUUGGAACCUGCAGAACAAAGCCUGGUCAGUAUUGUAUAAAAGAGGUCCUCAUAAAAGGGGGAAUCGAAUGGUAUUCGGUCAAAGGCUGCACCGAGGACAAAUCGGAGUGCUUUAAGAGGAUUAUAAAACAUUAUGAAAUCCGCACUUCCCAUUGCUGCCACCGUCCCCUGUGCAACUUCUAAGGAUGUGGCCUAUAUCCGUGUUAUUGACUAGCCAGCCCAAAUCCGAAGCCUGGCCUGGUCUUCACAUGACGGCAGCUUCUGUCUUGGGGCCAUGGUCAGAAACUGACUUUAGCAUUCUCUACAUCCAUAGCCCGUCCCAGCAUCUCACAAGAGCUCUGUAUUAGCUUUAUUUCUGUUGCUAUAAU